CCCAAGUGACUCUGCUUUGACCCUAGAGAGUCGCUUACAGGAAACAGCGCAGUCACGUGCAAGCUGUCAAUCAACUUUAUGUCAUACAAUACCUCUAAAAGAUUACGAAAUGAGUAAAGUAAAUCUUUAGAAUCCUCUAUACUAAUACUACUGCGAACGUUAGCCUUAAGGGAAGAUAGUUUUGUAUUCUUUAACUUAUGCUUUUGCCAUUCUGUUAGAUUCCGUGAGUUUUUUGAUGGCGUUGCUUCUCAACUAGACACGCUAUCCCCAUUUAAACACAAUAUGGAAAUACCAGAAGACGGCUACGGUUUCCAAGCUCCGACACUCGGCUUAACGGGUGAAAACAUUGAUCCGGUUCUGGGUUUAGAGUAUGGGAUUUUCUGUGCCAACGCUUCAGAUGAAAGCAGAUUCCUUGAAGACAAUAACAAUAUGAUGUUCAACAUGGACCAACCAGAUGCAGCACACGUSAACCCUGCCUACGUYAAUAACGAGGGACAUGACGUCAUGUUCUGCACAGGGCCGACGUAUGAGGCAGCCAUAUUGCAUAACAGACAAGACCCAAUAGAUAUUCCUCGCCUGCCUUUAAAGUCCGAACCACUCACCCCACCCCGUUCAGUAGGAUCGGAUUCUCCAAUGGAUGAACGAGGUAUGAAUAACAAUUGUUACUAUGACUUCAGAAAAUUUUUGGGGGGAGGGGUGAGUAGUCCAAGGGAUGUAGGGCAAAAAUGUCAGCAACCGUUUCUAAGCAACGGACUGGAAGAUCCUUCGAAUCCUCCUCCUGUAUAUCUGGUCCAAAACACAAGAUGUGAACCAGAACCGAGACGAAAAAGACGAAAAACAGAACCAGACAUGAUGAUGAGUGACAGCCCCGUUGGCUUGGCAACCAUCAAGAAUGAACCUGGUUGCCUUGACGACGUAUUCAUCGAUACCGAUAGCAUAAGCAGCAGUCUUUCCCCUGACGUUUAUUCAGGCCAGAUUUCACCAGACGCAGAUUCCACCUCGUAUCAGUGUUUAAAAUGGUUAGACUUCAAGAAACCACAAUGGAAUGACCUGUACGAUGAAUCCUGCAACAUAAYGCCUACUCUUGAUUUUCAUGUCGACGCUGACAAAGGAUUCAACUUUUCGUUCGCUGAUGACGCGUUUGUUUGUCAGAAGAAAAACCAUUUCCAGAUCACAGUCACUGUUAAAACGCCCAUUACUCCAAAAUACAUCAAAGUUAAGGACGCUUUCAAACCGAUUGAAAAAUUUAAAUUACACUUAUUUGGAGUGAAGGUGGAAUCUGUCAACUCUACGAUAAAAGUUGAGCAAUCUCAAGCCGAUCGAAGCAAAAGACCUUACGAUCCUGCUAU